UUAAACCAGGCCGCGCUGUCCCGUCACGGCACACACGCGUCCCCGACCAAGACGGAAGCCUUUUGUACGACACAUCUCUCCACUUCACCACCGUGUGUGUGUGUGUGUGUGUGUGUUGACGCGACCUCGCAUCUUAAAUCGUGAACGGCGGAGACCCCGACGCGGACAUGGCGACACCCAGCUCCUGUGUUGUGAUCAGCGAUGAGGAAAAGGGGUAUGACCUGGACCUUUUCUGCAUUCCAAAGCACUAUGCCACUGACCUGGAGAGGGUCUACAUCCCACAUGGACUCAUCUUGGACAGGACAGAGAGACUGGCCAAGGAGAUCAUGAAGGAAAUGGGGGGGCAUCACAUUGUGGCCCUCUGUGUGCUCAAAGGGGGCUACAAGUUCUUUGCUGACCUGCUGGACUACAUCAAGGCCCUGAACAGGAACAGCGACCGCUCCAUCCCAAUGACAGUGGACUUCAUUCGCCUCAAGAGCUACUAUAACGACCAGUCGACAGGUGAAAUCAAAGUUAUUGGUGGAGAUGACUUGGCUACAUUGACGGGGAAGAAUGUCUUGAUUGUGGAGGAUAUCAUCGACACAGGGAAGACGAUGAAGACGUUAUUGCAACUCCUCAAACAGUACAAUCCCAAAAUGGUUAAAGUAGCAAGCUUGUUGGUGAAGAGAACUCCAAGAAGUGUUGGCUACCGACCGGACUACGUAGGAUUCGAGGUCCCUGACAAAUUUGUGGUGGGAUACGCUCUAGACUACAACGAGUACUUUAGAGAUCUAAAUCAUAUCUGCGUGAUUAGUGAAUCAGGGAAGGAGAAGUACAAGGCUUGAAGAGCACUUCAUAACUAUUUGAAAUGUAUGGUUAUAUUUUGCAGUUCAUUUUAUAUUUAAUCAUAUUUGUGUCAGUACUCAGCCACCUCCGGGUCCCUGAGGAUACACUGCUGCUUUUCCUGUUUUAGCCAACACACGCACACACGCACGCACACACGCACGGGCGCACGCACGCACACACAAACACACACAGUAUUCAAACAUAGAAUGAUUGCAUGUGAUGAAACCACACAUGCAUUGAGCAGCCGGAAGCUCAUCUUUGCUGAUUAUUUUUUUACGCGAUGGAUUCAACUAUUCAAAGCUACGGUGCAAACUUAAAGAACAAUAUCAUAAUUAUUGUGAAGAUAAGAUUGCCAACAUUUGAAAACUUCAUAUUUUAUAAUGCAUUGAUAAGGUAAUUCGGCUUUCACCUAAUGGCAAUCAAUAUGGGCACUUAAAGACAAUGUUAUAUUUUCUUGACAUCGGUAUGUAUAUUUUGGGACGGAACACUUUUCUAUGUUACUGUCUUCUGUGAGGAAAUUUUCUAAAGAUUGAUUGUAGAAAAGUAACAAAGAGGUUGGUCUCCGUCCCUAAUUAAACACAUUGGCAAGCUGAAAAUGAAAGUGAUGAAAUGUAUGAAUGUUAAUGAAGUCUUUGCUUGAACAAAGCAUCCAUGCGUCCCAAUUUCUUUGUCCAACAAAAGAGAUAAAUCCUUUUUUUAUGCAGGAAAAUAUGUAUAUUUACAAGGUUCAGUCGAUAGUUUAACUGAAGUUAAAAGUCACUCAGUCAUGUUUGAAAUUCUUCAGCUGUAUCCGCCUAUCAUAAGACAGUGUUAACUGAAGUUUCUAACACCAGCCAUUAAAUCUCCACACAUCUCCGGUGACCAGUGGAUUUGACUGCAAAUGCAUUGUAUACAAAUUAAUACAAACUACUUGGAAUAUGGAAAUACAGUGGUGAUGCUCCAAGCUUUCCAUCUGUAGAUGGGAUGUGUUAGGGACAAAUAACAAACUACUAGAAAAAUAACUUGACUCACUGAAUUUAACACCUGCAGAAGGCAGAGCUUUCAUGUCAAUUUAUUUGAUUUCUUGAAUAUUCUACUCUGACAGUUUGAUGUGACUUAUAAAAUAAUUACAUUUAAAUGUAUAUUGUUCAUUAAAACUCAGUCAAAUGUUAAUAAAAGUCUACAUGUUUGUUUUACUUUAACCAAUAAUAAAGCCAAUCUUUGCAACUUGUA